CUCUUGAUAGGUGGUCGAGUCCAGCAAAUGAGUUGUUAUAUAAUUUUAUUAUCUCCACACCUGAUAGAAAAGAGUAUUUGUAUGCUAUUUUAGAUUUUUCAGAUGCAAUACAAACUGGAGAAUUCCUUUCUUCUCAGAUUUUUCGUAUUGUUGAUAAAGUUGACACGGAUAAAUUUAUAGCUUGUAUAACUGACAAUGGGAGCAAUGCUCGUAUUGUUCGUGAAAUUACUAUGUACAAUUAUUUACAUAUUUGGAAUAUCAGAUGUGUUGCCUACGUAUUGAACCUUAUUGCAAGUGAUAUUGUCAAAAUUCCAUCUGUUAGUAGUGCUCUAAAACGAGCUAACCAA